CUGAGCGCCGGCCAGGCAGUGGUUCCUCCUGUGGCACAAGGGAAACUUGAGUUUUUCCUGGGCUCUCCGCAAAACCUUCCUGCACAAACACCACCUGUGGCGUUGGGCUCCGCGGCUGCCAGCAACUUUGCUCUCUGGGAUUAUCGGCACCAGCAGGUCCCGGCCGCCGCGAUGAAGCUGCUCCACGUCGCGCUGCUCUACCUGGGCUCUGCCACCUUCCUGGGGGCCGAUGCCGCCAGCCUCGACGUCGCUUCAGCCUUUAGGAGAAAGUGGGCUCGCUGGGCGCUGUCGCGGGCCAAGCGGGACGUGCCGGCCGCCCCCGCCCCGGCCGGUCCGGCCGCCGUGCAGCCCUUGGUGCGGCCCGAGGACGUGAAGGAGGAGGCCGGGCUGUGGCAUCUCAGCAGCAGCAGCAACCGGGAGGCCGCCCACGUCCGCGUGAAGCGCUACCGCCACAGCCUCGGCAGCUUCCCGCACUUCCAAGCCAUGCGCAUGGGCUGCCGCUUCGGGACUUGCACGGUGCAGCAGCUGGCGCACCAGAUCUACCAGCUCACCGACAAGGAGAAGGACGGCGCGGCGCCCGCCAGCAAGAUCAGCCCGCAGGGCUACGGCCGCCGCCGCCGGCGCUCGCUGCCCCGCCCGCCCGCCCGCGGGCCCAGGACAUAGGCACUGGCCGCUGCCGCCGCCCGGGCCGGGCCGCACUCCCGCCCGCGCCCGGCAGGACACUGGGACCUGAGCACGGCCCCGCGGGGCCGCCACAUACUUGAAUGUCGCGAGAGGAAACGUGCAAUGGGACGUGGUCGGCUGGUUACUGUCCGCGGGUGUGUGUGUGCGUGUGUUCGUGCAAGUCUGCGUGUGCGGGGUGUGGAGGAGAGAAACGUCGGUAUUUAAGAGAUGACUGUGUCUGUGUCUCCCGUCCCUCGGGUUUGUUUUUUUUUUAUUUUCUUUAAAAAAAAAUAAUUAUUUUUAUACGAUGACGUAAAUAUAAAUAUAUCUAAAUAAAUAAAUAUAUAUAUAUUGCAUAAGGGCAUUUUAAAAGCAUUGUAUCCCCCCCUGCCUAGUGUGAAUGUCAAACCUGGUGGUGUGUGGAACUCCUCAUUUUCUCCACCCCCCCUUUUUUUUUUUUUGGUCUCUUGCAUUGCGGUCUGAUGAAAGCUGUGGAGAGUGUAUGGGCUGUCCUCCCUGGGUAACAUGCCACACAAAAAUAAACACUAUUCUGUAAGA